AUGUCGUCGACCUCAUCUGAUGUCAUUUCUGAACUGCCUUCGAGCUCUCGGAUUGCGUCUCAUCUCAGUACACAACAGGCGCAGGGAGACUACAGUUUGGUACUAGCUCGUUACAAGGUGGUAGAAACAGUAGAAUAUGAGUGUACUGAAGAGAUUCAGGCUGUGCGAAACCAUCUGGUACAGCACAGGGAUGCGCUUUCGGGCAUGGUAUCUGUCCUCAAGAGACCUUGGAGGGCUGCGGAAGGAGUGCGUUUGAGUGAGGUUCAACCCGAGCUCUAUACGGUCAGCGGCGAUUUAUGGUCCUCGAAUCUAUUGCCAAAGCUACACGAGUAUAUGCAGUUACUCAAGAGUGCUAGAUUUUCGUAUAGAGGGGAGGCGUUUUAUACUAGCUUCGUACGCCUAUCAAUUGAUGCUGUCUUUGCGGAUCGAGCAGAAAGUAGAUGGGGAUUAGCUACUGAUGAACACGAUGCGAUCUCGGAGCAUGUGCUAUCUUCGUUCAAUUUGGUCUCGCUCAUACCUGUAGUUCCAGAUCGCACCGUCGGUUUGGGCCCCGAGAGUAUCCAAAUAAGGAAGGAUGAAUCGUCUUCUCCUUUGAAUGGAAGAACCGAGGUUUUUGUGGUCUCACGGUCAGAGAAAGUUCUUUGCUCACUAAGUGGAAUGCACACGUGUCCAUCCUGGUAUCCUUGGAUUCUGAUCGAGGAUAAGUGUGGCAGGGGGAUGAUGGAUAAAGGGAGAUUACAAAAUCACACUGCUAAACGUGUGGCUUUGCAAAUAUAUGUGAAUCUUUGGCAACAGGCUUCAAGAGCAGAUCCUGAUAAUUGCAUGCCACUUUCGUCGAUGGCGAGGAGGGUCUAUGGUCUUCGUACCUUCACGAAUGUCUGGGAGAUAGACAUGAUGGUCUUUGAUGAUAGUAAUUUUAACGUUGUUCCUAUCUUCACCGCCGAUCUCCUUGAUCCUAGCUCGAUGCUCCAAAUGAUCUGUGUUCUGAAGUCGAUCAGGGAGGAGCGAAGGGAGAGGUAUAUCACCAUCGGCAACUGGCUGUGGUGCCUGCGGGAUAAAUUUCAGCCUUUACUGCAACCGGGACAAGCCACAUCUGUACGCGGAGGAAAGAAAGGAAGAAGUUCCCACAGUACGGGAGUAUCGCCAUACGCUAGACCAACUCAAGCAGGUCCAACUCCCGCCACUCUCCUGACAUCUUCACCUCUUCAUCAGAGUCAUGUACAUGGUCAUGUCACUAAGGUGGAAAAGUGGCUGCAGUCAGUGAUCGCGCCACUUUCGGAAACUCCUAAAUCUCCGGCAUCGAACAGUAAUCACCUAGCAUCGCGCAGAAGACGGCUAUCAAUGUAA